AUGACGGAAACUGGGUUCUAUAGACGUCAAGAGCUUCGACGUUUUUUAUAUUCUCGAGCACCUGAAAGCCCUGUUCGAGCGGGAGUCCCACUAGCAGUAUCCGACUGUGUCGUUAGAACCAAGUGCAAAAAACCCAAUGCAAAUGGAUCUGGACAAUGGGAGCCUUUUUACACAUUUACGGUGAUGAAAAGCGGAUGCUUGUUCUGCUGUAUUACACGUAUGAGGCUGCUUUUUGUUCCGGGAUUUGCGAAGAAUUUGUUAAGAGUAAUGUUCGUUAAAUUUUUGACGGUGAUUUUCCUACCGGUUUUGGCCGCUAAUCAGUGCGCUGAGGGUGGAAUUAAAUUAAGCACUCCUGAAGAAUGUACGAGAGAUUGUAGCAAAGAUGAAACGCCGAAAAUUUGCUACUACUUUUUUGCGCUGGAAUUUUUCCCGGCGCUCAGCAGCGCUUGCGAAAUGUGCAAUUCGACGACGACACAAGGAUUGAAAAACAAAGCGGACUGCGAGUGUAUUCUCGUUGAUGGAGUUGAACGAACUGUGUUUUCAGUGAAUCGCAUGAUACCCGGCCCCCACAUUCAGGUUUGCAAAAAUGAUUACAUUGUGGUGGACGUUGAAAAUAUGGCUGAAGGAGUCGGAGCGACGAUGUAUUGGCACGGAUUGUUUCAGCGUAAUUAUCAGCACUAUGACGGAGUGCCUUACGUUACUCAGUGUCCUAUAGAAGCUUUCGACAGAUUUCGGUACCAGUUUCUAGCCGCCGAAUCGGGGACUUUUUUUUACCACUCCCAUGUCUCGGUCCAUCGGCUGGACGGGCAAUACGGGCCGCUGAUAAUUCGCGAGCCAAGAGAAGACGAUCCCAAUUCGCAGUACUACGACGUUGAUGAUCCAGAACACGUGAUCCUCAUCAGCGACUGGAUGCAUGAGCUGGCUACCGAGCGAUUUCCUGGGCUACGUAAGCGCUGGAACAGUGAAGCUGCUGAUAAUAUCCUGAUCAACGGUCGAGGAACUUACACGUAUGAAAACGAAAACAAGACCAACGUAGAACUGGAAACAUUUUACGUCCAACCUAAUACCAGACACCGGUUCCGAUUGAUAAACUCCUUCACAACAAUAUGUCUCGCGCAAUUCAACAUUGAAGAUCAUCAGCUACUAUUGAUCGCCCAAGAUGCGGCUAACAUGGAGCCCGUUUAUGUUGACACAAUCGUAAUUGGCUCCGGCGAGCGUGUUGAUUUUGUUAUAAACACAAACAACACUGCUAAGAAAUACUGGAUACAAGUACGCGGUCUUGGAAUCUGUAAAGAAAAAAAAGUUAACCAACUGGCAAAGCUCCAGUAUCAAAGCUAUCAAGAUUCUGAGUCAAACUUCAGCGAUCCUCCGACGUACGACGAAGGACUUCCACGAGGAAUUCUCUAUAAUCCCCUGAACGCGUCGUGCGAUCCACAAAAGGGAACUGUUUGCUCAAGUAAUUUGAAAGCUGCAGAUACAUUUGACGAAGAUAUCCUCAAGGUCGAUCCAGAUGUUCAAAUCGCGCCUCCUCUAACAGAGCCCGAGGGCCAGGAAUACUUUUGCGAGAAUACCGACUACUGUAAAUCCAAAUCAAACGCCAACGAAUUAAGGCCUUUGCUCUUGUACACACGUCAAAAACAUUCCGCUGGAUUCCAUCGUCGAACACGAAUGCCGAUCUUAAGCCACCCGUUCCACCUCCACGGGACAAACUUCCACGUGCUGGACAUCGGAAGUCUUCCGGAACAGCCGGCUCUCACGAUGGACGACAUUGAAAAAGUGGUUUCGAAACACCGCGAGCGUCUGAUCAAUAAAUCUUACGACAGACCCUCCGCUAAAGAUUCCGUUCUGGUGCCUCAGGGUGGCUGGGUAAUUUUCCGGUUUCGCGCAGAUAAUCCAGGUUACUGGGCAUUCCAUUGUCACUUUGAAUUGCAUUCAAUAACUGGAAUGCAGGUGGUUGUUCAUAUCGGCUCAGAGUCCGAUUUACCGCCAACCCCGCCAGGAUUUCCUCGAUGCGUCUGUAAAAAGAUCAAUAUGUUAAUAUUGCUGGUUUUUAUCCUGCCGAUUUUUGCAACUGGCCAGCAAUGCGCGGACGAUGGACUGAAAUUAAGCACUCCAGAAGAAUGUAUGCGAGAGUGUAGCAAAAAUGAGACACGUAAAAUUUGCUACUACUUUUUUUCAUUGGAAUUUUUUCCGGCACUCAGCAGCGCUUGUGAAAUGUGCCAACCGACGACGACACAAGGAUUGAAAAACAAAGCGGACUGCGAGUGUAUUCUCGUUGAUGGAGUUGAACGUACUGUGUUUUCAGUUAAUCGCAUGAUACCCGGCCCCCACAUUCAGGUUUGCAAAAAUGAUUACAUUGUGGUGGACGUUGAAAAUAUGGCUGAAGGAGUCGGAGCGACGAUGCAUUGGCACGGAUUGUUUCAGCGUAAUUAUCAGCACUAUGACGGAGUGCCUUACGUUACUCAGUGUCCUAUAGAAGCUUUCGACAGAUUUCGGUACCAGUUUCUAGCCGCCGAAUCGGGGACUUUUUUUUACCACUCCCAUGUCUCGGUCCAUCGGUUGGACGGGCAAUACGGGCCGCUGAUAAUUCGCGAGCCAAGAGAAGACGAUCCCAAUUCGCAGUACUACGAAGUUGAUGAUCCAGCACACGUGAUCCUCAUCAGCGACUGGAUGCAUGAGCUGGCUACCGAGCGGUUUCCUGGGCUACGUAAGCGCUGGUCCACCCAAAGGGCUGAAAAUAUUCUCAUUAACGGUCGUGGAACUUACACAUUCGAAAACGGAACGGAGACUGACGUAGAUUUGGAAACGUUUUACGUCCAACCUAAUACCACACACCGGUUCCGACUGAUAAAUGCAUUUACCACAGUAUGUUUGGCACAACUAAACAUUGAAGAUCAUAAAUUGCUAUUGAUCGCCCAAGACGCGGCUAAUAUAGAGCCAGUCGAAGUCGACACGAUUAUAAUUGGCUCUGGCGAGCGCGUUGAUUUUGUCAUCAACACAAACAACGACGUCAAAACAUAUUGGAUACAAGUACGUGGACUCGGAGAGUGUCAAGAGACUGAAGUGAAUCAAUUGGCAAAGCUCCAGUACCAAGGCGACGAAGAUUCAGAUUCUGCUAGUGAUCCUCCGACUUACAGCGAUGGACUUCCUCGUGGCACUCUUUAUAAUCCACUGGACGGGUCUUGUGAUCCAGCGGAAGACAAUUUCUGCGCGAGUAAUUUGAAAACUGCAGAUCCAUUCGACCAAGAAAUUCUCAAGCCUGAUCCAGAUGUUCAAAUUUAUUUACCAUUCUGGUUCCAUAAUUUCAAUGAGACUAAUACUUUUGAUGUUUUGUACGGAUCUGAUCCCGAGAACUAUCCAGUUUUCUUCUCUCCUGGGGCCGCAAACCCUCUGGUGAGCGUUCUGGGAAACGUAACCUUCAAAUCACCUAGCGCGCCCCCACUGACCGAACCCGAAGGCCAUGAAUACUUCUGUGAUUCCCCGGAUUCUGAUUACUGCAAAAAACAUGCCGCUGACCGAACGCCUUGCUCUUGCACUCAUGUUCAAAAUGUCCCGGUUAAUUCUAUUGUCGAAGUUAUAAUCUACGAUAAGCAACGUUUACCGGCUUUGAACCACCCGUUCCACCUCCACGGUGGAAAUUUCUACGUUUUGGACAUGGGAAGUCUUCCGGAACAGGAUAACCUCUCGGAAUCAGACAUCGAAAAAGUUAUGGCCAGGCACCAAAAGCGUCUGAGGCUCCAUAAAGGUUAUGACCGGCCUUCCGCUAAAGAUUCCAUUAUUGUUCCACAGGGCGGAUGGGUUAUUUUUCGGUUCCGCGCUGACAAUCCUGGAUACUGGGCAUUCCAUUGUCACUUUGACUGGCAUUCUAUAACGGGAAUGCAAUUGAUAUUUCAUAUUGGUUCGGACUCUGAUUUACCGUCCACACCUUCAGGAUUUCCUCGGUGUGGUUCAUUUACACCACCCGUCUGUGCUCCUUGA